AUGGAACAAGAAAACCUAUUUCAGAUCUGCAAAUGGAGGUGGCUAAAACCAUCAGAAGUCUUUUCAAUCUUACGCAGAUUUGGAGACAUAAACAUCCCAGAAAUAACUCAAUUUACUUCUCUUCCAACUAACGGAGACCUUUUCUUCGUUCGAAAAUCCAAAUUUAAACGCUGGAAACAAGACGGCCACAGUUAUAUUUCCAGAAAAAGCGGUAACGGGACUAGAGAAGACCGAGAAAGAUACGCAGACGAAGUCGACACAAUUCAAUGUGCAUAUGUGCAUGGCUCUGGAAUGUGCAGCAAAUGCAAGAUGCCAGCUUAUGGGACAUGCAGUACGUGUGGAUUGCCUGUGACUCCAAUUAAGUUCCAUCGGCGUGCUUAUUGGCUCCUUAAAGAGCCCGAUAUCGUGCUAGUCCACUAUUUAGACGAAGCAAACUCUGAUUGGGCUCUUGAUGAAGAAAGCUCAAAUAUUUCUUCAAUUAGCUCCGAAGCUUCUUCACUCAUGAACGUAGAGCCAACUGAGCAGAUUAAAAAAAUAGAAGAAGUCCUUAAACGCUUAGACAUGUCAGAGAUCCCCUGUGUCUCUAUUAUAGACUUCUCCCCUGAAUGAGCUGAUAUAACUGGCGGGUCUAAAAUACUGAUUUGUAUAGAGCCAGCAAUAAUGGUCCCGCAGCCACAUUUAUUACUGUGCGCCUUUGGAAAUGUAAAGGUCCACGUAGAAAGUGUGCAGCUUGGGGUGUUAAGGUGUUAUACACCAGUGCAUGACCCAGGAAUUGUGGAUUUAUAUUUACUGUAUGAUAAUAAAGAAAUCACAAGGCUGAGAAAAGAAUUUGAGUUUAAAGAAAUACAAAUAACAGUCCAAGCUGUAAGAGUAAAGGACUGGUGGAACCAGUCUACCCAAGACUUGUCUAGAGAACUUGCUAUGAAUUUAGAAGAAGAAUUUAGCCUGCCCAUUGAGCCUGAGCUGGAAAACGGGUUUGAUGAAGAAUUUUUUUUAUCAGAAUUCACCAAUAUUAUCGGAAAGCACAGCUUUUUUAAUUUAGAUUACAAAGGAAGAGGAAUUUUACAUUAUUUAGCAGCGCUGAAUUACAGUAAGUGUAUAAGAUUGAUUGGGAGCGACAAAGCUGAUUUAAAUAAAAAAUCAAGUGAUGGGAAAACGCCUUUGCAAAUAGCAGCUUAUAAAAACAACAAAGAAAGCAUUCUUGCUUUACUUCAGUUAGGAGCGAUAAUUGAGAAUCCUGAAGAUGAUAAAGCAAAUGGGCUGUUUUCUGCGCUGUCUAGAAUUCUCAGUGAUUUCCAAAACUCCCCAGUUGAUAUUGAAAGCAGGGUUCAAUUGAUACAAAGACAUGUAAGAACUUGGCUUUUCAGAAAGCAAUUUCACGAUAUAAGGCAAGCAGCGAAAACUCUCCAAAGAGCUAUAAGAGGAAUGCUGGCAAGAAAACACUUCAAGUACCAGAAAAAGGCAGCCGUUUUAAUUCAAAAAACUGUACGUAGUUGACUAUUAUCAAUGCAUAAAAAUAAUGUUUGUUAG